AUGGAGGUCUUCGAUUUGACUGGAGAUGUUGAUGAUGCAGAUUAUGAUAAGUUAAGUGGUGUCGAUGCCAGAGGUGAACAGGUAUUUGAAGCGUCACCAAAAGCUACAGAUAGGGAAACAUAUCUUGAUGUGACGGAUAACGAUACUGUUGAGGAACCACAAGAGGAAGAAAUAGUAUAUGAGAACACAAAGUCAGUAGCUGCACUACGAGGGGUUUUGGAUUCUAAAUUACGACAGAAAGGAUAUCUAUUCGAGGCUAAACAGAUUGAUAAGAGGAAUGAAACUGAUUUUUCACAAGAGAUAUCCAAGAUUGGGGAUGAGACUACAGAAGACAAAUUAUUAAGAAUUAAAGAGGAAUUGUCACAAUUGCAACUACAAGAUGAUGUUUCUUUUACAGCGGCUGAAAGAAAAAGAGUUACUGCACUUCAAGAUUUGCACCAACAUAUAUCAAGAAAUUAUAAACAAAAAUUAGACAAUUUACAAGAAAGUUUUCAAAAUGGUCUGUACUUAACUGACACAACUAAUGAAGUAGCCUUACCCAAUAUUAAAUUAGAUCUCACAGAUUUACAACGAAUUCUAGAUCUGGAAAAGAGAAUUCAUGAAUUGGAGUCCAUCCUUGGUUCAAAUGAAAGCGAAGAAUUUCCUACAUCGAUUAUAUCACAAAUAAAUGAAGUGUAUGGCAGUUUGAAGUUACUUCAGAAUAAUGAUGAAGGUAAAACGAUAUUACAGAAUUUCCAUGAGAAGUUGAAAGAAGUGGAUGCAGACUAUAAAAAUUCUCUUCUGGGAAAGCAAUAUGGAAAGGAUUCAAAUUUACAAGAGACCACCCAAGAUAAAAUGGUACUUUUUGAAACGAAAAUAAAUCAACUCUACAAAUCUUAUGGGUUGUUAAAGAAUUAUCAGGAUGUUAUUCCAAAGUUAUCAGAGAGAAUACGACAUAUUGAUAAAUUGAAUGAAAAUGUUAGUGAAAGUUACCAUAUUAUCCAGAAUACCGAUUCCAUAAUAUCUGAAAUUAAACAGACGGCCAAGCAAUGGGAAAAUACGAUUAAUAGAGUGGAAGAGAAACUAGAUUCACAAGAGGAACUGGCAAAUGCUCAUUUCCAGGAAAUUGAUGAUAAGAUCUACCAGCUAAAAACCCAAUUAGAUACUAUUAACAAAGUAUGA